UCCAUGUCAUUGUAUACUUCAAAGUAUGCUACGCCACACCUUGAUUUAAGUAAUGUUAUGAGACUGUUAGAAGUUCACAGGAAAGUAAGAUGGCUCUUGUAAAGGAAGACAGCAGCUUAAUGAAUGAAACAAGAUGCCCAUUUUGUCUAGAAAAGUUUUUAGAUGUUGUGAGCAUGGAGUGUGGGCACAACAUCUGUAAAGGCUGUAUGAAAUGGGUUCAAGAAAAUCAACUUUUUGGCUGUUGUCCUCUCUGCAGAGAGACUUUCUCACCACUUAGACGGCACACUAUGAACAGGGUGUUGUUAAACAUAAUAAAGGAACUUCAGAAACCACACACUGAGCAACAAACGAUAAAGCAUGACAGAAUUGACAGAAUCAUCUUUCUUUGUGAGAACCUUGAGAAGGAAAUGGAAUCAUUCAUGGAAGAGAAUUGUGUUCGGUGUAUUAGAUGUGAGUUUUUCCUCAAUGAUUUUGUCCAGAACUCACACUUACAUGAGGAUUCGGUGAAUACUGAAAUGACUAUUUUGCAAAAUCAGCUGGCCAAAGCAAUGGAUGAAAUUCAUAGCUUGCAAAGAACACUGGAUAAGAGUGAACAUGAACGCUGUGAACUUAUGAAGCUUUCUCAAACAUAUCAGAAGCAGCUGGACCAGAUUAAACAUGCUGAAACACUCAAGGAAGUUCAUGAGAUAUUAAAUGAAAACACCCUAGAUUAUGAGAUCGGGAAUUUCAGAGACAAGUUAUCUGAACCAAUAAGGAAAAAAGUUACAGAAGAGGAGUUGUUGGAAACAAAAGACCCAGUUCUGGAAUUAGGCAAGGUUCCUAUGGAAGAUACCAAUUAUUCAGAUGUUUCAAACAUUAAUGGAGAUGUGUCUUACACUUAUUAUAAGGGUUCCAUGCACCACUGGAAACAUUCUUCAGAUCAUGACUUGAAACAACCUUAUAGUGGUACUGAAGCAACCAAAUGGUAUAUAAGGGUGGAGCCCUUAGAUCUUGACAGUCGAGAGACGUUGGCAUAACUUGAAGGCAUGCCAAACACUGAUGGUGAUGAAUAGAGCAACCCAUUCUUAUAUCUGGAUAGAUUUUUAAAGAUCUUAUAUAAUUAUAUAUUUCAUAGUAGAUCUAAAGUAUUGUAAUAGUUGUAAAGUCCACACCUUGCAUAUUUAGAACAAUGAUUAUUUUGUUUUCUUGCACUAAUUUAGCUUUUGAAUCAUAUUUUAUUGAAGUGGUGAAUCUCAUACAUGUUGUAUACUACUGAAGUACCAAUAUUUGAUAUAUUAAUACAUAUAUGUGUAUAGUGUGUGUGUGUGUGUGUAUAGACAUAGAUAUUUCAUGAGAAGAAAUAGUUAAUUUAAGACCAUUAUAUUUGAUAACUACACAAUUUGCUAUUUGCUUCAGUGUUUAUAUUAAUUAAAAAGAAUUGUUGUGCAUUCCUUUUGUUUAUGCAAAUAGUCAAGUAUGCCAUUUAAUGGCAUUUUAUAAGGUCGUAAUCCUACUGUUUUUAGACAGAAUCUGUAAUCAUUUGAUUAAAACUUAAAAAAAGUUAAAGUUUAGAAUAAUAUAUUCUG